CUUGGAAUAUAUUUUAUUUAUAUAAAUAUAAAUAGUCAUUAGUGGAUUAUUAUAUAUAAAGAAUCUUGUGGGUCUAAAUAUAGAAAUAUUCACUACAAAUUUUUUAUAUUUUAUCGUCCUUCAUCCUCUUUAAUAUAUUUUUUAUUUUUAUUCCUCAAAAUAUAAAAGAUUUAUUUCUUAAACUUCCAGAUAUAAAAUAUACGAAUGGCAUCGAGUUCAUCAGAAGUCUCUAAGUCUGACAAGACCAGAAAAGCAAAGCUUGCCUCCAGAAGUGUUAAGAAGUCAACCUCAGUUAAGAAGGUCAAGACCAGAAGAAACACUCACUUCUUCAGAGGACGGACUCUCUCACUUAAGAGAACACCCAAGUAUGAAAAGAAGGUCAAAACAGCAUAUACAAAGAAGUUGGACAAGUUCUCAAUAGUGAGGUACCCCUUGACAACUGAGUCAGCAAUGAAGAUGAUCGAGGAGCUUAACACUCUUGUUUUCGUUGUAGACCCAAGAGCGAACAAAGCUAAGGUCGCAAAAGCAGUUUCGCAAUUAUAUGAUAUAACUCCAGUCCAUGUUAACACUCUCAUCAGGCCUGAUGGUCAGAAAAAGGCAUUCGUGAGACUAUCACCAGACCAGGACGCGCUUGAUGUUGCUAACAAAAUUGGAAUAAUUUAAUCUAAUUUACCAAGUAAA